CUGCAGAAGAAGGAUGGAGUCUGAGUAUCUAGAAGAGCUUCCUGAAACAGAUGAACCUGUCUGGAUCUUAGGAAGGCAGCACCAGCUUAAAACAGAAAGAUCUAAACUUCUUUUGGAUAUAAGUGCUCGUCUUUGGUUUACCUAUAGAAGAAAGUUUUCGCCAAUUGGCGGUACAGGCCCUUCCUCCGAUGCUGGCUGGGGCUGUAUGCUGCGAUGCGGACAGAUGAUGUUAGCCCAGGCUCUAAUCUGUCGACACUUAGGGAGAGAUUGGCAUUGGCAGGAACACAAAAAGCAACCUGAAGAAUAUCACAAAAUUUUGCGCUGUUUCCUAGACAGAAAAGAUUGCUGUUAUUCCAUCCACCAAAUGGCACAGAUGGGUGUUGGCGAAGGAAAAUCUAUUGGGGAAUGGUUUGGACCAAAUACUGUCGCCCAAGUACUCAAGAAACUUGCAUUAUUUGAUGAAUGGAAUUCCUUAGCUGUGUAUGUGUCUAUGGACAAUACCGUGGUGAUUGAAGAUAUCAAGAAGAUGUGCCGGUUCCCUACCCAGAACUGCCCCAGCGCCCACUGCAGUUCAGUGUCGCACAGGAGCAUGCUCAGCCGAAACAAGACCCCGGGAGGGUUCUGCUGUGGUUGGAAGCCUCUGUUACUGAUUGUACCACUUCGCUUAGGGAUAAACCACAUCAAUCCGGUUUAUGUCGACGCUUUUAAGGAGUGUUUUAAGAUGCCACAAUCUCUGGGAGCUUUAGGAGGAAAACCAAACAAUGCCUACUACUUUAUAGGAUUCUUAGGAAAUGAGUUGAUCUACUUAGACCCUCACACCACUCAGAUUUUUGUAGAUUCUGAAGGAAAUGGCAAAGUAGAUGACCACAGCUUCCAUUGCCAGCAGGCACCACAUCGGAUGAAGAUCAUGCAUCUCGAUCCCUCCGUAGCGCUGGGAUUCUUUUGCAAAGAAGAGAAGGACUUUGAUAACUGGUGUAGUCUUGUGCAAAAGGAGAUACAUAAGCAACAGAGUCUGCGAAUGUUUGAGUUGGUUCAAAAGCAUCCACCACACUGGCCUCCUUUCAUACCUCCUACAAAGCCAGAAGUAACAACAACUGGAGCAGAGCUCAUUGAGUCCACUGACAAACUAUUUGAAUCGGAAGAAGAGUUUGAGAUCCUGAGUGCAUGAAAGAAGCUUCAGUUGACCUUCUGUGUAGCAUAUGACAGUGUCUAAAACCACCCAGAGCCUUUCUAUCCCCAAAGUGCCUGCAUACAAACAAAUGAACAGAGCACAAGAACUGAAGAUAACAGUUCCAAAAGAACUUCCCAGGAGGGGAACGGAUCCUGGCUCCAGCCCAUGCAUUUUUUUUGGAAUGUUUUUUUUUAAAAAAUCUGAAGAAAAUGAACUUUUUUGUGGUGGGGGAUGAAGGCAAAAACAAUAUGGAAGAAAAGACUCUGUUCUAUUACUGGGAGUUGCCUUGAAGGCAUCGAUAUCUGUUACUACACACCGUAAUAUGAUGCGAUAGUUCUGCUCACGCUGAAAGCAUGAAGCCAAGGCAAAGGAGCGUGUUAACCUCUUUAUUCCUUCACGUGGACGGUUUUAUAAGAAUAACUGGCGUCGUCUUGUUUAAAAGGAUCAACCGGAUCAGGCAAAAGCAAUGGUUUUGUUGAAUGUUUUAACAUUGCUUCAACCAUACUUCCAUAAAACAAAACCGCCAACCCAAAUGUUUCUAUAAAAGGAACUGUCUAAAACAGCCUU